AUUCACUUGGCUGUUGCCUUUUUCAGCAUCUGGGCUUGAAAAUGUCAUAGUUCUCUUGCUUUUCUCUGCCAGUUGACAGCUAAGGGGGGUGGGGCUUUUGCAACUACUUGGCUGCAGAAGUUUCUCCCCACUUCCCCAGUUUGAGCUGAGUUUCACAAGAGGAUACUAUAUGAACACACGGGAUGGAAGCUUCUAAAAAGCCUGUUCUUUAUAGUUAUUUCAGAAGUUCCUGCUCCUGGAGAGUACGCAUUGCAUUGGCUUUGAAAGGAAUUGCCUAUGAUCACGCACCAGUAAAUCUUGUGAAGGAUGGAGGGCAGCAGCUGUCACCUGAAUUCUGUUCUGUGAAUCCAAUGCAACAAGUCCCGGCACUCAGAAUUGAUGGCAUCACUCUCUCUCAGUCACUGGCCAUAAUAGAGUAUCUGGAGGAGACACAGCCAAACCCUAGGAUCCUACCUCAGGAUCCUAAGAAGAGAGCUCAAGUCCGGAUGAUCUCUGAUCUCAUUGCUUCUGGAAUUCAACCAUUACAGAACCUGACUGUCCUGCAGCAAUUUGGGGAGAAGAAGCUGGAAUGGGCCCAGCAGUGUAUUUCUCAUGGCUUUAAAGCUUUGGAGCAGGUCCUGCAGGAAACAUCUGGACGCUACUGUGUUGGAGAUGAGGUGUCCAUGGCUGACCUUUGCUUGGUCCCUCAGGUGUACAAUGCAGAGAGAUUUAAAGUGGACCUUACUCCGUACCCCACACUAAGAAGAAUCAACAAAGCUCUUCUGGAGUUAGAGGAAUUCCAGACAAGCCACCCAUCCCGGCAGCCAGAUACUCCUCCAGAACUAAGAGGCUAAAAGCUGUUUUCGUUUCGUACUGCCAGGGUUGCUGACUUCUCUGUACCUUUGCUGUGUUCUUGGACGUGGGAGUCCCCCUUUGGGGGCAGAUUCAGCAAAGACCAAUGCUGAAUGCUUUUCAGCCAGCUUUUGGAAAAUCAAAGGGGAUGAGGUCAUGGUAUGCAAAUAUGUCUACUGUGGAGCACCUUGUGUACAUGUCAGCAUGAAGCUGAUUUAUAAGAAAAGAGGUUGCAAACUUCCUGCCUGAGUUCCAGUUGCUGCCAGCUUGGGUAAAUCACUGUGGCUGGCAAAAGUGGCUGUAGCUUGACGGCAUAGACAUUUGCACACUAGGGGAAGGUACUAUCAUACUGAAGUAAUUAAACAGACUUUUGCUAGGUCUUGAGGGGGAAGAUGAUGAACAAAACAAAGUGUGUGAGUGGAAUGUCAUUUAGGGUCUGAAGAUUAAGGUCAAAGAGUCUCUGGGGAAUAAGUCUCCCCCCUCCCCAAAAAAAUUACAUUCUUAAGUAAUGAUGAUUGUGGGAACAGAAGCAAUAAACUGGCAGUAACAAGGAA